GACGAACUGGUGAGUUUUUGGUGUGAAGAAGAGAAGACUGUCUGUAGUUAGGAUGAUUCUGAUUCUUAAAUACACUGGAGCAACAAUCAUUUUACUGUCUGUCCUAAUUGAAAUUGGACAACUUUUUCCAAACAAUGACUUUGGCUGUGAAGAGUGCAAACUCAAGGAGAACAAUAUUUUCUCAAAACCCGGAGCUCCUGUGUAUCAGUGCAUGGGAUGCUGCUUUUCCAGAGCCUACCCGACUCCUUUGCGGUCCAAGAAAACUAUGCUGGUCCCAAAGAAUAUCACAUCUGAAGCCACGUGUUGUGUUGCCAAAGAGGUUAAAAGGGUUAUUGUUAAUGAUGUAAAGCUAAUGAAUCACACAGACUGCCAUUGCAGCACUUGUUACUAUCAUAAAUUUUAGAUAUCAUGACUUUAAAACAAACAUGUUUGACUAGUGUGUUAAAGAAAUCCCUUGAACUCAAGUUACACAGCAAGAAAAAAAUUACACCUUUGCUCAUAUGUAUGCUAAAUUUUCUGUGCUUAAC